UAAGUAUCGCCCUAGUAAGCUGGAAACCAGAAAUUAUGGAACCAGUAAUGUUUACUUCCGGUUAGAAAAAUAGCGACGUUGAGGAUGUUAGGCCUUUCAGGUCUAAGCAAGUCCCAGCGUAUGGUGUUGGGAGUGAUCGUUUUGGUUAUUGUGGAUCUAAUAUGGGUUGCUUCAGCUGAGCUUACCAAGUACCUUUUCGAGGAGUACAACAAGCCAUUUUUCAGCACGUACAUGAAGACAGCCAUGUUCACAAUCUACCUCAGCGGCUUUCUCUUCUGGCCACCCUGGAGAAACCAGUGCAGAAGAAACAGGAUUGUUCCGACUGGUGAAACUUUUGAAGGAGAAGACCUACUGGGAGAUCCAAUUUAUGUUCCAUUGAGAUAUGAUGACAAGAUGAACAAUGGGUCAGAAACUGAUGAACAUACAGAGCUGCACAACCGUUCUGUGCGAUUCAACAACCUGAUGGAAGUACGUCAGCUCACAGAUGUGUAUGCUGAGGAGCAGGUGAUAGCGCGACUGUCCUUCACUGCAGCCCAGCGUGCUGAGGAGAUAAGACUGCGGGCUCUCAGCAAGCUUACAGUUACCCAGGUGGCCAAGCUUGCCUUCAUGUUCUCUUUCCUGUGGUUUUUUGCCAACUACUCGUAUCAGAUAGCCAUAGCUGACACAGAGGUUGGGAUUGUAAACGUUCUUUCUUCAACAUCUUCUCUGUUUACCCUCAUCUGUGCUGCCAUCUACCCUGGCUCUGCUGUUGAUCGCUUCAGCCUCUCCAAACUGGUGGCAGUUCUUUUCAGUGUGUGUUUCAGUAUUGGCGGUAUAGUGUUGGUGAUCAUGUCUGACAUGCAGUUUGAGCCUGAGGUUCCAAACGCAGCCCUCUGGGCUCUCUCUAGCGCGGUGCUCUAUGCUGUUUACCUUGUGGCACUGCGCAGGAAAGUGGACCACGAAGACAAACUAGAUAUACCUCUCUUCUUUGGUUUUGUAGGUUUAUUCUGCCUGUUGUGUUUGUGGCCUGUGUUUCUACUGCUGAAUUAUGUAGACCACCUUGAAUCAUUCCAGUGGCCAAAUACUGAACAGUGUUUAUUCAUCCUGAUCAAUGGUUUAAUUGGCACUGUUCUCUCAGAAUUUCUAUGGUUGUGGGGUUGUUUUUUGACGUCUUCAUUGAUCGCAACUUCUGCACUGAGCCUUGUGACACCAUUAAGCAUGAUUGCUGAUGUCUUUCUUAAAGAUGUUUCCUAUACAUGGAUGUUUUAUGUGGGUGCAGUGCCUGUGUUUGUAGCGUUUCUAGCCAUCAGUGCCCUCACCCACUGGGAGAGCUGGGACCCGGCAUUGGUACUCGUUAAGAAAUGUGUACACUGUAUAUGCUCCAGGAGACUUGUACCCAUGACCAGUAUGAUAGAGCUUCAGUUUGGUAGUUUUACUAGGAUGUCUUCCAGGGUGCGAGAAGCAGACAAAGAACAAACAGAAAGCCUUAUAGAUGCAGCCUCAGAUUAAGUCCCUACUCCACCGUCUGGUCACCAAGCAAUGUGUAAUGUUCUGCUGGGAAAGUUGGAACGUGUAAACUUUAUUUGAUGCCUGUUCACAUUUUAUGAUCAAUGAUGCUUCAGCUUGCUUUUAAAAUGUUCUGUAACUUAAGAAAGUCUACUUUUAGAAACAUGUCUGAGACAGUUGAAAGUAUUGGACCUUAUCUUACUUAAUCAUAAAAGAUGUUGUUUUCCUUAUAGUUUAUGGAGGUUAAAGGGCUUGGUUCACGAAAGUACAUGAAUGGCACCGGUUUUCACCAUAUUGUAAAUUUCCCAUCCCAGCAUCAUUUUCACUGUUUUUACAAAGAAUAAUUAUCAUGUGUUCUUGCUAUAUAUAUUUUUUUUAAAUAUUGUGUUUUUGCGUUAAUAAUUUCAGCCUAAAGAAACCAUACUUUUACCAAAAUGGUCGUUUUUGUGCCGUGUUUGUGCCGUUUUUUUAGAUUUUGAAUGUGGCGGCAUUUCUCACCAGUCAUAAUAUUUUUACAACAACCUCUGCCCUACACCCCAAAUGCAAUAUGAAAGGUUCGUAACUGGUGAACGCUGCCGCCACAUUAAAAAAAAGAAAAUUAUCGCAUCCGUUGGUCGAUUUUAACUUUUUCUGGAGGGCAAAUCAGGCAUGUGGAAUUGUUAUGCUUUUGAAUUGUUUGCAGUUUUCCACGCAUGUGCUGUAUAUUUGAAAUAAACAUAUAUUAUAUUGUCAAAGAAAUGAUACUUAAACAGUUAAGAAAACAACAUCAACGAAAAAACACUCUCCCGACAUAUGACGAUUCCAUAGCAUAUUUUAUUUCCCACUAUUUUUCUUUGCGGUAAAAAGAAAAAAGCGUCUGUUAGCAGCUUUCAAUGUCACAACGAUGUAAAUAAAGUAGACACUUCGUUUAUAAGGUAAUAUUUUAAACACCUUAAUUAAAUACUUCUAUAACAUACAUUCAACCUACUGGCCUUUUGAUUUUGCACCAUAAAUUGUUAAAUGUGCCUUUUUUAAACGAAUAAAUAUAUAAGUACGUC